AUGGCCGGCGAAGAGAUCGAUGAUCUCGAUCUCCUCGAGUCUGCCCCAGACACGUUGCUCACCAUAGCGCGUGUUUCCACCACCUUAGGCAUCGAGAGAAAGCACCUGGGCUUUGGUAAUCUGGGUGGGGAGCUGGCCACGCUCUCUGAGAUUCUCCAAGGAUUUGACAGCUCGCUACAACAGGAGAAGUUCAAGAGAAGAAUCAGGAAGCUUCUCAAGGAGCUUGCGCGAGCCUGCACUUGGCAUCGUGAAGAGCCCAGUGAAGAUUUCACCUUCUUGCUGCAUCUCGUAGAGCUACCACAAUCGCUCAGCGAAGGUGAUGAUGAAAUGAAAGCAGGGUUGCUGGCCUACGCUUCUGCGGAAAAAUUGCCAAAGCUCGUUGCGCUUGUGAGGAAUUUCGCUGGUAAAGGCUUCCAAUCGGAAACAGCACAAUACUCUACCCAAUCCUUCACCCGUCAUCGUUCGGAACUAGCCACUUCUCAGAGUGUAUACCCCAAGCACGUCAGUCAGCAACUUUAUCAAACGCUUCGAAAAUAUUCGGCAUGCCAGUGUGUCAGCGAAACCAACAACAAUGCAGGGCCCGUCUUGGAGAAGACGCAUUUGUCUAGGUUGCGUCUGAGGCCUUCCCGCGACGUCAAGGAGACCUUCGUCUGUUUCGACAUGGUGUUUUCCUCUCUCCCACCGUCUUCCUUGGCUCUCAAGCGGGUAGAAUGGCAACAUCUGCAAUUCCAAGUCUGUAGUAGUGAAAGACCAGGGAAGAAGCGUGCCCGUUUCUCCGAUCAAGAAACAUCUGUGGAUCACCCUGGCCGCCCACCCACGUCCGCCACAGGAGUGCAGCUGUGCAAUCAGUUGAUCUCACCUUCUGGUUCUCAGAUAUGUCUACACGUGGACAAGGACCAACUAUGGUUGCUUGAGGACUGUCUGCCGCUGGAAGUACAUGUCCUCGCUUUCCCAUCACUGUCACUCUCAGAUGCACUGCGAAUCGGACGUCUAUCCCACGAAAUGAAGGUCAUUCUUGCUUACAUCAUUGCAAAAUCUGUCUGGGAGUUCUACGAUUCUGACUGGAUGUCCAGACCAUGGAGUGCUGAAGACAUACAUUUUAUGCAAGAGAAGCCAGGAAAUAAGCGUGGAGAGCCCUUGAUUUCCAUUAACAGACCUUAUUUAGCAGUGCGGUGGGGAGAAGGCGACGACCGUGAAAGCGAGUCCAGCAACAUUGUUGGUCAAAUUCACCGGUAUCCCAAGAUUUUGUCUCUAGGGUGGAUACUUAUCGAGAUAGCCACCGGCAAACGAGCCAGGGAUCUCUCACAAAACGAUCAGGUAAACGUGAACUCGGAUUGGCUAUCUGCACGAGAGUUCUUGUCCCGGACGUCGCCAUGGGAUGAAUUUGACUACAAAAACUACUGGGACGCGGCGCGGAACUGUUUCAAUAAUCAAUUCUUUCUCAAAGGUGCGAUGUCGAGCAUUGGCAAGGAGACAUUUGUUGAUAUUGAGAGUAGGCGUCGGAUGAUCAUGGAAGAGGUCGUUACACCUUUGGAAGCCCUUCUCACAGGAACUGGCUGGAUACACGAUAUCUGGACGGUCGGGCCACUGAAGCCGUCAACGGCUAGGUCAACCCCAGCUGCUGGUGAAUUGCUAGUGGAGGGACCUGACAGACCCAGGCACUAUUUGAUUCAACCACGUUCAAACGCAACCGGCGCGUCUCAGUCGGAUGUCGUACUCGACACUAUAUCUCAAACCGUUGCCAGCAACAGACCGACGACUCAUCUCCGUCCGCGCACCCGUCGGGACUUCGAGAUUGGAAUUAUCUGCGCUCUUCCUAGUGAAGUAGAUGCCGUCUUCUUGUUGUUCGACGAGUACUGGGACGACGAAAAUCACAGAUACGGCAAGGCUGCAAAAGACCCCAAUGCCUACACCACAGGUCGUAUAGGUCAUCACAAUGUGGUCGUCGCUCAUAUGCCGUCACUGGGAAAAGUCAGUGCUGCCAGUGUUGCACAGGGCUUACAAUCGAGCUUUCAAAACAUUCAGCUUGUAUUAGUCGUGGGCAUUUGUGGAGGAGUGCCGUACAACCAUCGGAGCAAGCGAGAAGUCUUCUUGGGAGACGUUAUUAUCAGUCGGUCACUCGUUCAGUACGAUUAUGGGAGGCAGUACCCCAUAGACUUCGAGCGAAAAGACUGUCUAGAAGGGGAAUCAGGAAAAUCUUCUCAUGAAGUUCGAUCGCUUCUCGCAAAAUUGGAGACAGCGCACCAUCGGCGGCACUUGGAAUACAACACGAAUCGAUUUUUGAGAGUGGUCCAGGGUACAGACAAAAAGACAGCCUAUCCUGGAGCUGAGACAGACAAACUGUUCGAGUGCUCUUCACUGCAUCAACAUUAUGUGGCUGGAAGCUGUCAGACAUGCCGAUGGGAAAGUGACGUUCGUAUUUGCCAGAAGGCUAUCGACAGCAGCUGCGAAGAGUUAGGUUACGAAACAAAUGGGCUUGUUCAUCGCAUACGGCUUCCAAAUAAAGCUCCACCUGCAGAUCCGGUGGGAGAACAAGGCUUAUACCGGCCGUCGAUCCACAUUGGUAACAUGGGAUCAGGGGACACGGUUAUGAAAUCCGGCACCCACAGAGACAAGAUUGCGCAGAAGUACGACAUUCUUGGGUUCGAGAUGGAAGGCGCGGGGAUCUGGGACUUCUUUCCUAGCCUCGUCAUCAAGGCCGUGAGUGACUACUCGGACAGCCACAAAAACAAGAAGUGGCAAGUUUAUGCCGCAGCCGCUGCCGCCGCAGCCACGAAAGCAUUCCUCGAGGAAUGGAGGCCACGAAGUGAUUCAUAUGUGGAUCAACUCGUAGAUCCGCGACCCUUAAUGUGA